AUGCUCUUCGAGGAAACAAUUGUUCUUACAGAUUCAUUUGAUGGUCGGUUUAAACCAUUAACAUUAGAAAAACCACGAUGUCUUUUAUUGCUUGCAAAUAUGCCACUAAUUGAAUAUACGUUUGAAUUUUUGGCGUUAGGAGGAGUUCAAGAAGUUUAUGUUUUUUGUCAUACACAUGCACAUGAAAUUAAGGAAUAUAUUGAAAAGUCAAAGUGGAAUCAUAUUGCAUCACCGUUUUCAGUGCAGACAAUUAUAUCAUCGGAAAAUUUGUCAGCAGGAGAUGCAUUAAGAGAAUUGGAUACAAGAAAAUCAAUUGAAUCAGAUUUUGUAUUAGUAAAUGGAGAUGUUGUUAGUAAUAUUUGUUUAAAAGAAGUAAUUGCAGAGCACAAUAAACGAAGACAGGCAGAUAAAAAUGCAAUUAUGAGUAUACUUGUUCGAAAAGUAAGUCCACUUCAUCGGAUAAGAAUUGGGUCAGAAGCAUCGAUAUUUGUAAUUAAUUCAGAUACAUCAGAAUGUCUACAUCAUGAACUAAUUAAGAUGAAGCCAAGGACAAAAACUAUUUCCAUUAAUGGAGAAAUAUUUGAUAAGCAUCAAAAAGUUGAAAUUAGAAAUGAUUUGAUCGAUUGUCAGAUAGAUAUUUGCUCUCCCGAGGUACCAGCAUUGUUUACGGAAAAUUUUGAUUAUCAGGAUAUACGAAAAGAUUUUGUUCAUGGAAUUUUAACGAGCGAUUUGCUUGGAAAAACUAUUUAUUGUCAUGUUAUCGAAGAUAAUUAUGCAGCGUGUGUACAGAACUUACAAGCAUAUAACGUUAUAACAAAAGAUGUUCUCUCUAGAUGGUCUUAUCCUUUUGUACCUGAUAGUAAUCUUCUUUCUAACCAAUCUUUUAAAUAUAUGAGAGGUCAUAUUUAUAAAGAAGAUGAUGUUAUUCUUUCUAGAUCAGUUAACCUCAAAUCCAAGGUUGUUAUUGGAUCCGAAACAAAGAUUUUGGAAAAUACAGUUAUAAUGACUGCUACAAUUGGAAAAAACUGUCUAAUUGGAAAUAAUGUUACUAUAGAAAAUUCAUUUAUAUGGAAUAAUGUCAUCAUUGGCGAUGGAUGCAGAAUAAGUAAUUCAAUAAUUGCCGAUAAUGUUAUUUUAGGAAAAAAUUGUAUUAUACAAGAAGGCACAAUCAUUUCAUUUGGUGUUCAAAUAUCUGAUGGAAUUAUUAUUUCUGGAAAUAUUCGCUUAACUAACUUUCUUCCUGAAAAGAAUAUCAAAAAUAAUACAUUUGAAUUGACAGAUACAAUGGUUGUCGGCGUAAAUGGAAAAGGAUAUAUUUACCAAGACCUUGAAUUAUCUGAUGUUGAAGAUGCUGAAACAGAAUCGGUAGAUUGUUCAUUCCUUGUAUAUAACUUGAAAGAAAUAUCAAUAAGUGAUACAUCUCUUUCAUCUAUAUCAUCUAAAGAAUCAAAUACUCCACGAAGAUGCUCAUCAACAACUGUAACUAUAAUGUCAGAUGAAUCAGAUACUACUAAUGAAUAUUUUUAUCGAGAAGCAUUAGCUGGAUUAGAGCAAGCCUUCGAUGAAAAUCAUAUGGUAGACAGUGUUAUUUUAGAAAUGCAUUCCUUAAGAAUGAGUACAAAUGUUUCUUAUUCCGAAGUACGAAGCACAAUCAUUAUGGCUUUUCUAAACUAUAUUUUAAAAUUGAUAUCCGAAGAAGGAAAAUCAAUUGCAAAUAUCAUUGAACAAAACAUAAAAAAAUGGAUCAUAUUACUUAGGAAAAUGACUUUUGCAAAUGAAGAUAAAGAAGAAAUCAUUCUUACUCUUCAAGAAUUAUGUUCAAAACGUAUCGAAUAUAUGAGAUUUUUUCCACCUCUUCUUAAAUUAUUUUACAAUGAAGAUAUCGUAGAGGAAGAUGAUAUUUACUCCUGGUUUGAUAAUCCUAAAUCACAAACUGGUUCUUCUGAAAAAAAAAGACUUUAUAAUAUCGGCUCAAAAUUUGUUAUAUGGCUCAAAAAUGCGGAAGAAGAUUCAACUGAAUGAAUUAUUUCUCAAAAUAUAUU